AUGGUCGCUGCCGCGGAUCCUAGCCAGCGCGAUUGCCCCAGGGCCAAGGGCACCAGCGAUCCCCCAACGCUCGCGGAUCUGUGCCAGACGCACGCGCUCAGCAUCAUCCGCUACCAGGCGCAGAGCGAUGUCGAGGAGACGGCGCGCCUUAACAAGGCCGCCAAGGACCACUCGCCUGAGCUCUCGAAUCUCGAGCGGGCGAGUAGGGCGAACGCCGCGGAGCAGGCGAUGCAGCACUGCUGCAAACAUAAGGACGCCAGGAAGCCGGAUCCCGCGACUGCCACCGUCGCCCGCGCGCUGCGGCAACAUGGCCGCGAGGGGGCGCCGACUCUGCCGAUUGAUGCUCGGCCCAAGCCGCUGGCGGCCCCCGCCAGCAGCACGCGCGGGCCCGCGCUGCGCAGCUUCCGGAGCGCGAUCGAGAUCGCGGUAGCGCGCGAGCACAACGGCACCCCGCGCACGUCGACCAAGAAGGCGUCGGUUGCCCCGGGCAGCCCGAGCCCGAGCCCGAGCGCAGCCCUGACUACGACGAAAAGGAGGUCGACGCGGAAGCAGUCGCUCGCGGACUUGCCGACGCCCCCCGCGGCCGAGAAGCCCGCGCCGAAGCGCGCUAGCGUCCGCGAAGUGGACUGCAACCGAAUGAAGCUCAAGGAGACCGACGACAGCGGGGAGCUCAGGGAGUUCGACUUGGCCCCUGGCGAGAGGGGGAUGCGCGCGGCCGUCCUCGCCGACGGCGCGUCGCGGACGUCGGAGAUCACCAGCGCCGACUUCGCAAAGUGGAAGAACCCGCCCGUGAAUAAGAAGCCGGGCAUUAAGAAGACGAGCGGGAACAAUAAGAAGCCUGCUUCGGCGACUGGCGCCUGGCGCGUCGAGGGCGAGGACCCCACCGCGGUCGCAGACGAGGAGGGCGAGGGCGGGGGGGAGAGGGAGAUGGGCGCAGCCGACGAGGCCGAGGGGCCCGAGGAGGACGACGACGCCGAGCGCGAGCUCUCGCGGGCCAUGAAGGGCACGCCCCCGAAGCCCGCGGCCGCCAAGGCGAAGCCCGCGGCCGCCGAGCUUAAGGCGAAGCCCGCGGCCGCCGAACUUCCGAAGGCGAAGCCCGCG